UUAGCAAAGCCAAACUGACACAUGUUCAGUUGUUUUCCAGCAGUUCCCAAAACAGGUCUUUUCUGUUUCUGCCAGCAGUGAUGCUUCAAUGAACCGCACAACUGUAGUGGAAUUUGUCCUCUUGGGACUGGCUAACAGCCGCCGUUUGGAAAUCGCCCUCUUUCUGUUCCUCGUCAUUGCCUAUUUCUUGAUCCUGUUUGGAAACUUUUCUGUCAUCAGCAUCACUCUUGUGAAUCAUUUCCUUCAGACCCCGAUGUAUUACUUCCUCAGGAAUUUUGCCCUUUUGGAAAUCACUUUCACCUCCACAUUCAUGCCCAGCACCCUGUACAGUCUUCUGACAGAGAGAAAGACAAUUUCCCUGCCUGGUUGUUUCCUUCAGAUGAUGUUUUUCUACUACUUGGGUACCUGCACGUUUUUCCAUAUGGCAGUGAUGUCCUUGGAUCGCUAUGUUGCCAUUUGCCACCCUUUGCAUUACACAGCUAUUAUGAACAACAGAUUUUGCCUGCACCUGAUCCUGAGCUGCUGGGCAGUGAGUUUUCUAUUGAUGUUUCCUCCCACCAUUAUGACUGUCCAGUUGCCAUUCUGUGGUCCCAAUGUCAUGAACCACUUUUACUGCGACGCUUCCCUGCUGUUGCAACUGUCCUGCACAGACACAGGGCUCAUCGAAGAACUGAUGUUUGUCGUAGUCAUUAUCAUCCUCCUUGGUACCUUAACAGUAAUUGCUCUUUCUUAUGGCUGCAUUAUUGUCACCAUCUUGCACAUACCAUCUUCUGCAGGUAGGAGGAAGGCAUUUUCCACUUGCUCAGCUCACCUCAUAGUGGUGAUGGUGUUUUACAGCACGUGUAUUUACAGGUACAUCCGCCGGGCACAGCGAGGUGGGCAGGACUCUGACAAAGUUCUUUCUUUGUUCUUCUCUGUGCUGACUCAGAUGCUUAACCCCUACAUCUACUCGCUCAGGAACAAGCAAGUCAAGCAAGCUUUAAGGGAGAGCAUUCUGAAGUUUUCUGGCUCCCUGAGGCAGCCGUGA